AUGGCUCUUGCGUUUCUUGUGGAUUUGCUCAGGUACUCACCACAAAUUACCGCCAACGGCAAGACAGUGGUGAUUGACAACUCCAGUGCCUUCAGAUAUCACGAUGAUGUUCCGCUUGUGGUGCCUGAGAUCAACAAGUCCGCCAUGGAGGGGAAGCUGCUGGUGGCGAACCCUAACUGCACCACCGCCAUCGCGGCCAUGGCGCUCUGGCCGCUCCACCAGCAUUUCAAGCUGCGGAAAGUCAUCGUGUCCACCUACCAGGCCGCCAGCGGCGCGGGGGCGGCGGGCAUGCAAGAGCUGGAGGAGGGCACUCGGCAGGCGCUGCAGGGCGAGGAGCACAAGAACGAGGUGUUUGCUCACCCGCUGCCCUUCAAUGUGAUCCCUCACAUCGAUUCCUUCCAGAGCAAUGGCUACACCAAGGACGGGGACCUUUGCUGCCGCUGCCUGCUGUUCGAAAAAAACCGGUCGUUUCGUCUAGUUUCUGGUGGAUGCCAAGGCAAUCCAAAGAAAAGGAGCCAAACCACAGUGAGCUUCCCUGUAAUUGGUGGUUUAGUGGUGUUCCAGGGUGGGGUGGUUUCCAUCUUACUCUUGGCAAGAAGGGGUUCAAGUCCAAAUCCCAAACACUGCCAACUCCCUUCCUGGAUUGGCAAAAAAGUCUGA